ACAGACUAAGCAAAAUAAACAAAACUGCGAUCAUCGUUGUUCUUCGAAAUCGCAGCACAAGUUUUAGAAUAAUUUUAUCCUUAAAUAUAUUAAAAUUAAGUAACUUUUCAGUGAAAUGUGGAUUCGGCGCAUGCAUAGCUCCUCUCUGUCGCUCGCAAAAGUCGUUCCAACAAAUUUGAAAGGUAAAUCCAAGAGUUCGCAGCAAUGGCUCGUGCGGCAGCUAAACGAUCCCUAUGUCGAAAAAGCAAAGAUGCUGAACUACCGAUGCCGCAGUGCCUUCAAACUGCUGGAAAUUGAUCAAAAGUACAGCAUUAUAAAACCCGGACACACGGUCAUUGAUUGCGGUGCCUCACCGGGUUCGUGGUCCCAAUUGGCUGUGCAGCAAUCGAACGCCAAUGGGUCACAAUCUGGGAAGCCGAGAGGAAUGGUGAUAGGAGUGGAUCUUUUGCAGAUACAUCCCAUCGAGCACGCCACCAUGCUUGGUAACACGGAUUUCACCAAACAGGAAUCGCAGGACAAAAUUCGCACCCUCCUGGGCGACCGGCCGGUGGAUUGCGUCCUCUCGGAUAUGGCGCCCAAUGCCACCGGAGUCCGAUCGCUGGAUCAGGAGAAUAUAAUCACCCUUUGCUAUUCGGUGCUGCGAUUUGCCAUUCUGAUGUCGGCACCGAACGCCUCGCUGCUGGUCAAAAUUUGGGACAACGGAGAAGUUCCGCUGCUGGAGAAAAAUAUGCAAAAGUACUACCAACAGGUCAAACGCAUCAAACCACGGGCGAGUCGGAGUGAUUCGGCAGAGAAUUUCAUACUGGCCCGAGGGUUUGUUGGAAUGGAACGGUAGCGAGACGAACUGAAUUGUAAGUAUACUAUACAUAAGUAGUAAUCUGUUAUAAAUUGAGGAAA